AGAUCGUUCCAUGCUUCCGUAUCGCCAAAGAUAAGCUUCGAUCCAUACCAGACCUUAGGUGUGGACAAAGGAGCCGAUCAAAAGGAUAUCAAGAAGGCUUAUUAUCAAUUAGUGAAAAAGUUCCAUCCGGAUGUGAACAAGGAGAAAGAUGCAGAGAAGAAGUUCCACAAGAUCCAAGAGUCGUACGAGCUUUUGAGUGACAAAGAGAAGAGAGCCCAAUACGAUCAAUUUGGGUCGUCUGCAUUCGACGCCAAUGGAAACGCUAAUCCAUUUGCAGGUGGUGGAAACCCAUUUGGAGGAGCAGGAGGGGGAAAUCCAUUUGGAGGGGCAGGAGGCGGCCAAGGGUUUGGAUUCAACUUCGAAGACUUGUUCACUGAGGCUUUUGGUGGAGGGGGCCGUGGUGGAGGCCGUGGCCGUGGUUCUUUUGUCACAGAGCACGUUGGGGACAACAUCGAGGUGCUCAAGUCCAUCACAUUCAAAGAAGCAAUUUUCGGCAAAAAGGUGUCGAUCAACUACAAGGCAGUGGACAAGUGCAACACAUGCAAAGGCAGUGGAUUGAAGACGGGAAAGAAGAGAAAGACCUGUGGCACCUGUCACGGAACCGGCCAAAGCACCCAUGUCUUGGGUGGGUUCCACAUGGCGUCGACUUGUACCAGCUGUGGCGGUUCCGGAGUCACCAUUGACAAGGCCGACCAGUGUAACACAUGUCAUGGCCACGGGGUGGAAGAAGUGCCCAAGACCACCAGCGUGGACUUGCCUUGCGGAAUUGAGGAUGGUACCCGUUUGAGGGUUCCUGGUGCGGGAGACUCCCCCUUUGUUGCUCAGGACGAAUACAACCGUGUGCGUAACGGUGACUUGAUAAUAAGAGUUAACGUGGCCAAGGAUCCGGUAUUCCUGCGUUCCGGCAACAACAUUGUGGUCAAGCAAGACAUCUUGAUGACGACAGCAGCAUUGGGAGGCGAGAUUGUGGUGCCUACCAUCGAUGGGCAGAACAUCAAGUUGAAACUCCGUUCUGGAGUCCAGAACGGCCGCAAGAUGACCAUUCCUGACAAGGGAGUUCCUAUCGGCAGAAACUUGAACAACAGAGGCGACCUCGAGGUGGUGCUCAACGUCAAGACGCUUGUGCCCGAGACUCCAAUACAAACAGCGUUGUUGGAAGCGUUGGCAGAUGCCUACAAUGAUAAGAACGCCAAACGGACCGAUGCGCACUGGAAGUUGGAUGUGGAUGGCGAAAAGGUGGAGACCUUCCAGGAGGACGAGCAUCCUACCAAGACCCGGAUCGGCAAGUUCUUGGGUAAGUUCUUCAACAUGGGCGACAAG